GGGGCAGGACUUCCGGCAUUCUCCUCGUGGCGGUCGUUUUGUAGGUGCUUGGGGUAUGUUCGCUUGGUCUCAGGUUCCACAGCGGCGAGUCGAGACCGAGAAGGUCGGAGAGGAGACGCUGUCCGCGCCAGGCCUGGGGUAGGGUCCACUGUGCCCGCGUCCCCCCUCCUUUCCCGCCGUUCCCCGCCCCGUCCACAGUCCGAUGGCGGCGGCGGCGCUGAGGAACCCGCCUCAGGCCUGUGUGACCUUUGAAGACGUGGCCAUUUACUUCUCCCAGGAGGAGUGGGGGCUCCUUGAUGAGGCACAGAGGUUCCUGUACCAUGAUGUGAUGCUGGAGAACUUUGAACUUACAACAUCCCUGGAUUGUCAGUGUGGAGCAGAGGAUGAGGAGAUCCCUUCUGAGCAGAGUGUUUCUGGAGGAGAGUCACAGGUCAGGACUUCUCAGUCAGUUCCAUCAAACCAGAAGACUCAUCACUGUGAGAAGUGUGUCUCAGUCUUGAAAGACAUUUUGCAGCUGACUGAGCUCCAGGCAGCAUAUCUUGGGCAGAAACCAUACUUUGGUGGGGGAUCCAGCAGCUUCUGGUUGAAUGCAAGCCUUCACCAGUAUCAGGAGCAUGACAAUGGAGAGAAAAACCUUAAAAUGGAUGUGGACAGGUCCUCGAUUGUGACGAGCUGCAGACUCCAUGUGUCAGGGAAGCCCUUCCACUGUGGGGAGGAUGGAAAAGACUUCCUAGCUACCUUGGGCCUUCAUCAGCACCAGGCCACUCCCAACAGUGAGAAGCCACACAGCAGCAUUGAGUCUGGGGAGGCCUUAAACAAUGGAAAAAGUCAUAACAAGUGGAUUGAAUGCAGGGAAGUUUUUGGCAACACUCAUAUACUUCACCACCAGAGAGUCUGCACUGGAGAAGGUCUUGAUGAGUGUAGCAAAUGCAAAUACAGAUUUGUUCAGCACCAGCAAAUUCACGUUGGAGAAAGGCCUUAUGAGUGCAGUGAAUGUGGGAAAUUCUUUAGCCGUAAAACCCACCUCAUUCGACACUGGAGUGUUCACACAGGAGCAAAGCCUUAUGAGUGCAGUGAAUGUGGGAGGUCUUUUAGCCAGAAAUCUGACCUCAUUCAACACCAAGAGUUCAUACUGGAGAAAAGCCUUAUGAGUGCAGUGAAUGUAGGAAAUCUUUUAUCCAGAAAUCCAUCCUCAUUAAACACCAGAGAGUUCACACUAAUGAAAGGCCUUAUAAAUGUGAUCAAUGUGGAAAAUCGUUUAGCCAAAGUUCUGGCCUCCUUCGACACAAGAGAGCUCACACUAGAGCAAGGCCUUAUGAGUGCAGUGAAUGUGGGAAAGGCUUUAACUGUAAAACCCACCUCGUUCGACACUGGAGAGCUCACACUGGAGUUAGGCCUUAUGAGUGCAGCGAAUGCGGAAAAUCUUUUAGUGAGAAAUCUGUCCUCAUUCAACACCAAAGAGUUCACACUGGAGAAAAGCCUUAUGAGUGCAGUGGAUGUGGGAAAGCCUUUAGCCAGAAAUCUGUCCUCAUUCAGCACCAGAGAGUUCACACAGGAGAAAGGCCUUAUGAGUGCAGUGAAUGUGGGAAAUCCUUUAGCCGCAAAACCCACCUCAUUCGACACCAGACGGUGCACACUGGAGCAAGACCUUUUGAUUGCAGUGAAUGUGGGAGAUCCUUUACUCAGAGCUCUGGUCUCCUUCGACACAGGAGAGCUCAUGUGCAAUGAGUAUAGGAAAUCCUUUACCUGCAAAUUUAACGUCGGUCAACACCAAAGAGUUCACACUGGAAAAAGUCUUGCACAUGCAGUGAAUGUGCUUCUUUCUUAGCAUCAUUGUGUUGGAGGAAAGCCUCUGUGAGGAACCAUCUGCAUGAAUCGAAUCUCAUGUUGGGAUAUCCACAGACUAGGGAUUGAUUUACCAUAAAUUUCAUGGAUGUGUUGGAAGCAUGUGUAACCUGCCCAAGGUCACUGCCAGUUUCUGUGGCAGAAACUAUCUCACCUCUAGCAUCUGGCAGGCCCUCACAGUUGGCAUCAGUCACAAGCCUAGUAUGCUCAGAGCAACUGGCCUCUGUGCUGUCCCAUUUGUUGGAGGAAAUCAUGAGUAUCCUGAGCCCUUAUGGAGUCUUCAUUCCCUUUUCUCUGACAAGUUAGGGCAUGGACCUGACCUGUGUUGGCCCUGAGAAUGCUAUCUGAGUUCUGCUGGCAGCUUGCAGAGAAGAACUAGCUUUUUCAGGGACACAGUUGGUCUCGGGUAGUUGUGAUGAAUAUUUCCAGCUUCCAAGUCACCCAAUCAGAAAUUGCCUGUUGCACGUUGCUCUGGUUUGUGUAAUAGUAAAGACCUUUUUGUUUAAGCACCUUAAUUUUGGAAAUGCUCUUCACUGUGUGGAAUAGUUUGAAAGCACAAUAGGACCGUCAACUUGAGGGGUAAAUGACUUUUGUGGUGAUCCAAACUUUGGGUGCCUCAGAGGACAUGGUAUGAUGGCCAAAUAUAGGGCUUUCAUUUUGGCCUAGUUUGCAUUGCUGCCAAGGCCUCCUAGGAAAGAAUACUUUGUUAUAAUUUUUUGCCUGGAUACGAGAGUUCUGUGCAUUCUAGUGCUUCUGGAGACAACAUGGAUUCUUUUUUUUCUUGCCCACAGGGGAUAACACACAAUGGCCAACACUACUGAGGGAAAUCUUAACCCCAGUUCUCCUCCAAAGCAACCAUAUAUACCCUGAUACCUGGAAUUCCACAGGCUAGUGUCCAUAGUUGUAAGGCUGCAGGGGCAGGGAAGACCACAAUUGGUACAGAAACACUGGUUACUAGGGAGUGGAGGAGACUGCAGCAAGCUACGUGGAACGUACCACUUCUAAAGGUACAUCCACAAAUGUUCUACUGACAAUGACUGCAGGAUGAGUGUGUCCAGAAAUCUCAGGACCUCCAGCAGUGUGUGAGACUUCCAAUUCCUUCACACCAUUGUCAAUACCUGGUUUGCCUUGUCCAGAAUGUCAGAGUUGAAAUCAUACAGUACCACAGUUUAUUUAUCCAUUCACCUCCUGGACAUCUUGCUUGCUUCCAAGAUGGAACAUUGGCAGUUAUAAAUUAACUUGCUAAAACCAUCCAUGAUGUGCAGGUUUUUGUGAGGACAAACGUUUUCAAUUCCUUUGGGUAAAUACCAAGGAACAAAAUUUCUGGAUUGUAUGUGUACACUACAUGGAAACUGGGCGAUGGCAUCUUAAGAAGGGUGAAGCUCCGCCCCGUCCUCGGAGCCGCGAGGCCCCAGCGUCCCUGGCGGUUCCACGCGAGGGCGUCAACGAGUCGCUGCGGCCGAUGGCUCAGCGGGAACUACAUUACCCAGGAGCCCGUGCGCCGCGCAGCGGCGGCACUCUUAAGGGAAUUUCCGUACGUGCGGAAGUCUUCUGGGAGGGACUUCCGGUAUCUUCGCGGCGGACAUUUUGUUGGCUCUUGGUCGACCAAGAGCAUAACAUCGGGAGCUGUGGUUCGGUUCAGAGGUGACGGAAAGUGAGAAGGCGCGAGAGGCUACCCUGUCCUCGAUGCAGAGUGGCUCGGUGGUGGCAGCGCUCGCGAGAAUUCCGCCGCCUGGCCGAGCGACGGCUAUGCCCGGUUUCCGACCUGGGAUCCCUCCCGAAUCUGUGUGGUCCAGACUGUGAUGGCGGCGGCCUUGGGGACGGACCGGCUUAGGUGGGUGCUGCGUUUCCCGGAUCUUGACGCGUCCCGCCCCCCACCUUCGAAUCGUAGGACACCGAGUGGUGCCUAUUGAGGCUCUUCUGGUCCAGACUCCAGGGCGUUUGCAGAUGGAGCCGCCAUUUCUUUUAUUUCUUUUUCUUUUUGCGGUACGCGGGCCUCUCACUGUUGUGGCCUCUCCUGUUGCGGAGCACAGGCUUCGGACGCGCAGGCUCAGCGGCCAUGGUUCACGGGCCUAGCCGCUCCGCGGCCUGUGGGAUCUUCCCGGACCGGGGCACGAACCCGUGUCCCUUGCGUCGGCAGGCGGACUCUUAACCACUGCGCCACCAGGGAAGCCCAAGCCGCCAUUUCUAAUAGCCAGUGUGGUGAGACGUUUAAGAGUGGUACCCCGCCGAGCCACUAGCAGAAGCAAAGAUUUGGGGUUGUCACUGAGUCGGGAACUUUCGGGAAACUGGGAUGUUCACAUCUUAAGGAAGCAGAGAGUGUGAGUAGUAAUGCCUGGAACGUCAGGGUGAGGCGAGUGCUUUCAUUAGGAGGACGUUGGGAGCCGUGGAAGAACAUGACGUGAUCAGGGAUUUUUAAAAGUAUUCCCAAAGCUCAGGGGAAAACAAACUAGGGUGGGGUGGAGAUGAUGAGGAUGGAGGCAGGGAGACCGGUGAGGAGGCCACAAACUCCAGGAACGUUGUGGUGGUGACUGUACCAGAACAGUGACAGGGGAGGGAUUGGGACUGGAUAAAUCAUUAAAUUCUGGAGAGAUUUUAAAGAUAGAACCAACAGAAUUUUCUGGUGUGUUAGAUACGGCUGUGAGUGAAAAAGGGAUGUGAAGGACCACCCAAGUUUUGUUUUGUUUUUCCCUGAACAUCUGAAAGAAUGGAAAUGGGUAAGUUGGACGAGGGAAGCACCUUUCAGGGGGAACAGGAGUUGGACUUAGGACAUGGUAAAUCCAUAGUGUUUCACAGUAUUGGCGUUACAUAGGCAUUUGGAUAUGCUGGUCUGGAGUUCUGCACAACAAGCUGGGCUGGAGACCUCUGAGGAGUGAGGUCUUAUCAAAGCCUGGAGAUGAGAUUUAGGGGGAGAAUGUUAAGGUUGUUAUUUUAUGUGGUCCCUGAGGUGAAUGAGUACUGGGAAAAAGGAUGGACGUCCCUGAGAUUUCCUCCAGAAAGGAGAGGUCCUGGAAUAUGAAAGGGUUAUGGGUGGUGUCAGCAGGAGAGAGGGCUGUAGGGUAUUAGGAACCUGACCUGAGAUGGAGAGCAAGGUGUAAGGUGCUAUAAAUUUGUCACUCUGUGGACUCAGCAUGCCCCUCUGUGGAGCCGAGGAAAAGUCAGCCAGGCUAGUGGAGCAGCCCCACCCCAAUCCAGGGCACUGUUACAUCAGUUCCCUGACUUAUCAGGUGAGGAGAGAUGAUGAACACCUCUAAUGAAGGGCCACCAGCAUGCUCACCUUCAGAGGAAUAUAUACCAGGUAGGCUGGUUUGGUGGAAGGAUCUAGUGUAUACCUGGCAAGUAUACGUUAGCAGGCAGUUAAAAAUUAAAAAUGUUUAGGUAUGAUAAAUUUAUACCACUGCUUAAAUGAUUGAAAAACUUGUCUCUAAGUAUGUGAUUACAACGAAAAGUCUUAAAUAUCAAGUUUUAUUAAAGACUUAAAAACAAACCCAAAACUUACAAGAACCUAUUAUAUACUUCAUUCAAGCCAAAAACAUUUGCAAAACUGUUAAGAAUGUGGACGGUAAAAGUGAAUUCAAAGGUACUUGACGCCUAACACAUCUGAUACAGACAGCCCUGUUAGGUGGAUACCACCAUUAUCCUUGCUUUGUACGUGAGAACACAGAGAAAUCUUGGAUCAUGGUUACAUAGCUGGUAGGAGGCAACACUAAGGUCUGAGUAUCUUAAGUUAGACAAUCUGAAAUCAUCCUCAGCAAAGGGCAAGGUAGGGAUGAGAGGAACAGUUGUCUUUGAGAUCCCACUGUGGUAACCUGCCACUCCCAGCUCCCUCUUCCUGCCAGAUUGCUGUGGUGGCAGAAGUGAUUAAGAUCCCUGGAUAGGUGAGUGCAAAGUGUACAGGUCCUCAGUCAACCAUGAUCUUGGCAACCCAUUAUGGCAGAUAAUGGUGUCUUGGGAAUCUUAACCUACCCUUCUGCCUGCCAUUGGGUUUGGGGAUCCUGGUGUCACCAGAGGCCUUGUGCCCUGCAAACUAUUCUGGAAUUAUAUGGAAGGGUUUCCAUUUUCAGCAAGUAAUGGGAAGAAGUAUGGAACAGUGCCCAUGGGAACCAGCAUAUGCAAAUACAUCACUUGAGACUGAACUGGUCUUGUUCGGGGAACUUUAAUUCUCCAUUAUGUCUAGUGAUCAGAGAGCAGGGGACAGGUUUCAGCUCUGAAAUGGCAGCCUGUGGAGCUGGGCUUCUGUUCUGAAAGUGGUGGGACCCAUGGAAAGUUUGGACCAGAGAAGGGAGUGAUCUUAUUCUGGUCAGGGUUUCUCUGGCUGCACAGUGAAGAAAAGACUAUGGGGGUAGUAAAGAGGACUGCUGAUGAUGGCUGGGCCAGAGUGGUGACUACAGGGGUAAGAGACAAGUGCUUGGAUUCUGGUGGGGUUUGUUUGUUUGUUUUUAUUUUUAAAGUAGGACCAACCAGAUUUUCUGAUGUGGAGUGUGAGAGAAAGAUGGGAAAGGGUCAGAGAUGACCCCACAGUUUUUUGCCUGAGAAGACAUAAGGAAGAAGUUCUCAAUUGAAAUAGUGAAGUUGGUGGUGAGAGUAACUUUCAGAGGUAAUAUCCAGUGUUAGGUUUUUAUUUAUUUUUAUUUUUUGCGGUAUGCGGGCCUUGCACUGUUGUGUCCUCCGCCGUUGCGGAGCACAGGCUCCAGACGUGCAGGCUCAGCAGCCAUGGCUCAUGGGCCGAGCCGCUCCAUGGCAUGUGGGAUCCUUCUGGACUGGUGCAUGAACCCGUGUCCCCUGCGUCGGCAGGCAGACUCUCAACCACUGCACCACCAGGGAAGCCCCAGAGUUAGGUUUUGAUCAUGUUGAAUCUGCAGUGGUCCAAAGACAUCUGAGUUGACGUAUCAAGUGGACAGGUGGACACAUGGGUAUGGAGUUCAGAGGAGGGAUUCAAGUUGGAGACAUCCACAAGGUGACAGCCAGUAUGUGAUUAGGGUAGAGCUGUGUAUCAGAUUUAGAGAGAGAACCUUUAUGUCAUGGUGGCAGUGCCUUUGGGGGUCUGGAAAGGAAGUGGGCACAGUGGAGUGGAAGUAAGAGUUACCUUAGAGGCAAGAAAAGGGAGGUUAGUGUCCAUGGUGAGCAGGGAAAAUAGGAUCUGGCAGUUGAUGAAAGGGAGAAAGUAGACAUGAGAUGAAGUCUGAAGUAAAGCAGUAAUAGAGAUGACAUGAAAGACCAAAGCUGGUCCUCCUUCCCCUCUCCGUGUGCUUUUCAGGUUUUUGUGGUGACCUUUGGUGGGGACUGGGGAGUUUUAGUUGAGCUGGUAGGUUAGUUCAGAGCUAAAUUGGGUCAGCUGCAGAGUCACUAUGCUUGGGGUAGAAGGCCAGUGGGUAUGGGCUUUGAAUGAGAGUUUAGUGGUAAGUGUUAAGCCUGUGACUGAUGAGGGUAUAGUAUCCCCAGCAUGCAGUAGCAAGGUGGAAAAGGUCUGGCUUUAUCUCAUAAUCUGCAUAUGCUUCUGAAUUGCUGAAAUUUAAUCAAGGAAGGAAGAAAUUAAAAGCUGAGUUUGGAAAUACCUAUGGCAGUGGAGGCUGUUGACUGGUGAUGGAUGUAACCCUGGAUGCAUUAACCAAACAUUCUCUGGAUGCCAUGUGCAGGUUUACAUCUGGGAGGUACCUACUUUGGGAACCUCCUUAGAUAACGAGGGAGGUGUGGUCUAAAGAGUGAUGUGUCCAUGGAGAUGGAAUCUGAAUUCAUGGCCUGGGGGCUCAGGUACUGAGGGAUUUAAGGGGAUGGUGGAGGUCAAAUUUGUGUAUGAGAGGCAUAAUCUCUGGAUCCCAUGGGAGCUAGCUGGCUGAAGAAGGGUUGGUUCCUGCCUGCCAGGCCCAGACUAUACAGUGUGUCUAUCUGUCCACUUGCUUUUUGUUCUAGGCUGGGUGAAAUGAUUAAUGGAAAAUGAGGAAAGAGGUGGCAUCAAUUACACCAGGGCCUGCUGUAUUGUUUUGCGUUGGGGAGCUGGGGAGGAAUGUGAAAUUGUGGUGGAUACACUGGGAAUCCUGGGGAGAGAGGCUGCCCUUGUGCUAUUGUGCUGUUCAUGUAGGAUCCUUUUGAGGGUGUGUUUGUGCAUUUUUCCUGGGAGAAAUGGGGACCUCUUGAUAAAGCUCAGAGACUCUCAUAUCACAAUGCAGUGCCUUCUAUGCUUUGCUCUUAUGGUUUUCCUGGGUAAGGCCCUGCAUAUCCCAGUUUUCUGGGCUAUGUUCUGCUCUUCCUGUUUUUCCCCUAGAAGUUGCGAUUUCCUUCCUAUAGCUGGACCGUGAGCACUCCCUCACAUACAUCCUCUGGGUGCCAGGUCUUAGCUGGGUAUGCUCCCUAUGCUUCCUGACUUCUGUUGCCCCAAAUUUGCCAGGAAGGAUUUGAAGGUCAAGAGUCUUAUGGUCAGCCCAGUGGAUACUAUCCUGCCUGGCUUCUUCCUGGGUGGAUGGCUCUGUCUACACUCAUGGUGCAUUUUUGCUCCAAAUUAUGUCCCCUUUCUUUGAUUGACAUUCCCUUGGGCCUAUCUCUGUCAUGAAUUAUAGUUAUGGUCACUGAUUGUGGGGCCCAUAGAUUGUUCCUUUAAGGUUUUCAUUUUGUAUUUAAUCUCUCCUGGGCGGGCUACCCUGGGCCAUUGCUUUCCUCUUCGC